CUCUCUCCUCUCCUCUCUGUCUCUCCCUCCGCAACCGAAUAUUAGUACAAAAAUAGAUAACCAUGGCCGCUUCAACUAGUUCAUGCACAAAUUCUUGGAUUAAGCCCAAAUUAUCCACUUCAUCAUUGCCACGCAGGAAUAUUAAUCCCAACAACAUCCAAUGCUCCCUCCAAACUCCCACUCUGUGUUUCCCCGUGGCGCCAACCUACCAACCACUCUCUCCGUCGAGGCCGCAAUGGAAUAUAAUUCAGAAAGCCGCAGCAAUGGCGCUGGACGCCGUGGAGAGAGCACUCAUACACCACGAGCUCCAGCAGCCGCUGCCCAAGACGGCGGACCCCGCCAUCCAGAUCGCCGGCAACUUCUCGCCGGUGCCGGAGCAGCCCGUCCGCCACCGCCUCCCAGUCAUCGGUAAGAUCCCGAAAUCCAUCCAAGGCGUCUACGUCCGCAACGGCGCAAACCCGCUCUUCGAGCCGCAGGCCGGCCACCACUUGUUCGACGGCGAUGGCAUGAUCCACGCUGUCAAAUUCGAGGGUGGCGCCGCCAGCUACGCCUGCCGCUUCACCCAAACAGAGAGGCUAACCCAGGAGCGCUCCCUCGGCCGCCCCAUUUUCCCUAGAGCCAUCGGCGAGCUCCACGGGCACUCCGGCGUGGCCAGGCUCCUCCUUUUCUACGCCCGCGGCCUCUUGAAGCUCGUGGACCACAGCCGCGGCACCGGCGUGGCGAACGCCGGCGUGGUGUACUUCAACAAGCGGCUCCUGGCCAUGUCCGAGGACGACCUCCCCUACCACGUCCGCCUCACCAGCAAUGGCGACCUCGAAACCGUGGAGCGCUACAACUUCAACGGCCAGCUGCAAUCCACCAUGAUCGCCCACCCCAAGGUCGACCCCCAUUCCGGCGACCUCUUCGCCCUCACCUACGACGUCAUCAACAAGCCCUACCUAAAAUACUUCAGAUUCUCCAAAAACGGCCGUAAAUCCCCCGACGUCGAAAUCCCCGUCUCCGACCCCACAAUGAUGCAUGAUUUCGCCAUCACCGAGAACUCCGUCAUCAUCCCCGAUCAGCAGCUGGUGUUCAAGCUGUCGGAGAUGAUCCGCGGCGGCUCUCCGGUGGUGUACGACAAGAAUAAGAUAGCACGAUUCGGCGUGUUGAGCAAGUAUGCCGAAGAUGCUUCGAGCAUCAAGUGGGUGCAAGUGCCGGAUUGCUUCUGCUUCCACCUCUGGAAUGCAUGGGAGGAGUCGGCGACGGACGAGAUCGUCGUCAUCGGCUCCUGUAUCACGCCGCCCGACUCCGUCUUCAACGAAUGCGACCAAGGAUUGAAGAGCGUCCUCUCUGAAAUCCGCCUCAAUCUCAAAACCGGGAAAUCCACGCGCCGCCCGAUCAUCUCCGGCGACGAUCAACUCAACCUAGAAGCCGGGAUGGUCAACCGGAACAAGCUCGGCCGCAAAACGCGGUACGCGUACCUCGCCAUCGCAGAGCCGUGGCCCAAGGUCUCCGGCUUCGCCAAGGUCGACCUCCUCACCGGAGAAGUGAAGAAGUUCAUCUACGGCAACUACAAGUACGGCGGCGAGCCCCUGUUCCUUCCGAGCUCGGAGGCGGAAGACGACGGCUACAUCCUCGCCUUCGUGCACGACGAGGCGGACUGGAAGUCGGAGCUGCAAAUCGUGAACGCGGCCACCAUGGAAUUGGAAGCGUCGGUUCAGCUCCCGUCGAGAGUUCCGUACGGCUUCCACGGCACGUUCAUCUGCACGAACGAGCUCGCCGGGCAGGCCUGAUCGCCGGAGAACUUCCUGAGGGAUGCUUAGAGAUAUGUCCCCGGAGUUUCUCCGCAGAUUUUGGUGCUUUUUUUGAAAGGGUUUUAGAGAUUAUUAUUAUUAGUGUGAGAGGUUUUAGAAGGCCUGCUUGUAGCUUUGCUCAUUGUAGAUACAAAAUCAAAGCUCAGCGCUUUCUUCUCUUCAUGCUUUCACAAACU